AUCUCAUUGUUAAUGAAUAAAUUUGAAUUAGCCCUCCAAACUUAAUAAGAAUUAUUAAACUAUAUUCUAUCAACAUAGUGGAAGGAUGAUUUGGAGAAAUAACAAUUAGGAGCAAUAUUUUAGAAAGUCUAAGUAUAAUUAAUAUCCUAUUAGACCACCUGCAACAUUAAAUUAGAAAUCGAUGAAUUCUUUCCUAAGGAUAAGUAGGAAUUAUUGAAAUCCUAUAUAUACGAAAAGCAAUAGCAGGUAUUUGCAGUCUUAAUUUUUAAGAUAAGAAAAAUUAAUAAAAGUCUGCAGGAAACUCUUAACAAGUAGGCUCAAGUGAGGUAAUCUCCAACAUGUGUGAUUGCUUAAUUGCCUCCCAGAUUCAAAAAUAGCAAAGAGUCAUAUCUCCAAUAAAUGUAAAUAUUAGGAAUUAUAUUGUAGUAAUUAUUUCAAAAACAAUUUGAUAGAAUUGAAGAGUUGCCAUUCAAAAUUAUGUUUGGAGGUAGAGAUAAAAUAAUAGAGGGAGGCAAUCACAAAAUAAAUCGGGUUAUUAUAAAUAGCGGAAAAUUUUAAAUUUGAACUAAAUUGUUUAGAAAGCGAAUUGAUGCAAAAUCGACUUUAUUUAAGUGAAUAAUUUGAGAGUAUAAGAAAAUUAAUCGAAAUUACUAUUGAGGACAAUUUGCUUCAAAAUUUAAUUAGUUAUUGCUCUGCUAUAUCUAAAGCGAAUAUUCUUUUGAAGAAAUAACUUAUUAUAAUAAAACAAAUAUAUUCAUUCGACACAAAAGAUUUGUAAUUGACAUGAAUUUAUUUUAGUUAUUUAUAGAUGAUGGAAAUGGAUAAGGAAAAUAAAUAAACUAGUUAUUCUCAAGAUACUGAUGUUACAAGUUAGUAAUCACCAUAAAAAAAUUAUGAUUAAAAUUAGAUCAUCAACAAAAAUCUUAGGAAUCAAGAAUGUUUGUGUGUAAUCUUUUGAUGAGGUUUUAAUUGUGUAUUAUAAAAAACAGAAAAUUGAUAUGAUCA